AUGUGUUCGAAGAGAGGAGGUCUCGAAACCAUGUGGACGUGGUUUACUCUCCGUUCCGAGGUUUGGAAGUUAUGUUAGAGCAUGAACAGUUGUUCACCUGUGUGCAUUAACGAGGGAGGUUAACAGAAACGGUCGGUUUUGAUUUGGGCUUGUGCAUGAAAUGAGCGUACCGACAUUAGAGAGCGGGUAUCAGGUAUUAGGUCUGUUAGAAUUAGAGCAGCGAGCCACUCAGCGCGGAGGAAGCGCACGGACGCUUCUGUUGUUCUCCUCUCUUCCAUGUGCGGACGCAGGCUGGAGGAUCGGACAUCUCUGAGGAAGAUCAGCAGAGAGUUGUGGUGAAGAUGCAGCGGCGGGACGCGGCACGUCUGUGGCUGCUCUUCCUCACUGCGGUGGCGGUGUCAGUCGGCGGAUUUCCCACCAACCUCAAGAAGACUUCAGUCCGAGACCAGAACUCGACAGCGCCUGUGAAGGUGAUAGCAGAGCACAGUCAUGGCGACGACCAUCAGACUCUCCAGGACCUCCAGCAGGAGAACCUGCUGCAGACUCUGCCCUCUGGUCCGUCUACCCCCAGGUCCAGACACCGCUGGUCCCAGCACCGUCACCCGGGUGUCCUGCCCCUGCCGGAACCUGAGGAGGACCAUGAGCUUUUCAUCCUCGACCUGAGGAACUUUCCAGAGCUGGCCAAUGCAGACAUGACCUCACAGAACCCCAACAUCCAGGUGACCAUCGAGGUGGUGGACGACACACAGACUGAGACGGAGGUGGAGAUGGACCUGGCCAAGGAGGGUCAGCGUAAUGACUGGUCGGUGUCGUCCUCAGAGUGGGCCAACAGCCACAAGAAACUGUUCUGGCCACUGUUCUGGGAGUACCCGGAGCAGGCGGAGAACGAGCUGGGAAGAGCCAGUUUGGAGGAACAGUCUGAGGACUACAACUACGACCCAGAGGAGCCCGUCCUGAGUGGGGUUGGCGGCGACUGGGGCGGUCAGUGGAAUAAAGACUGGGAUGCAAAGGAUAACUACGAGUAUGAGGAGGAGUGGAGCGACUGGGCUCCCUGCAGCGUCACCUGUGGACAUGGCACCCAGAAACGCACCCGUUCCUGCGGCUACGCAUGCACCGCAACCGAGUCACGUACAUGUGACCUGGAGAGCUGUGCCGAUUCUGCGAUUUCAGUGACUGAACUGACACCCAUCCAGACGGCCAACAGCACAGACUCCCUGGACACAAAUGUAGACAGCUGUGAGAAGUGGCUAAACUGCAAAAAUGACUUCCUCCAGAAGUACCUGCACCAAGUGCUCACAGGGCUCCCCAGCUGCCCCUGCUCCUACCCGUCUGAGGCCGUUUACAGUGUCGUCAACAUCCAGGACGCCAAACUUCGCAAGACCUACCGCUGGAGAGAUGCGAGCGGACCCAAAGAACGCCUGGACAUCUAUAAACCUUCAGCAAGAUUCUGCAUCCGCUCAAUGCUGUCAUAUGAUAGCACAACUCUGGCAGCGCAGCACUGCUGCUACGAUAAUCAGAUGAGACUGAUAACACGAGGGAAAGGAGCCGGAGCGCCAAAUUUGAUCAGUACAGAGUUCUCACCGGAGCUGCAUUACAAGGUGGACGUACUACCUUGGAUCUUGUGCAAAGGGGACUGGAGUCAGUUUCACUCAGUAAGGCCACCCAAUAAUGGACUGGACUGUGCAGAUAACCCCCCUGAACAAGUGUUUCAGAUGGAACUUAAAGAGGCCAGGGAGUACUGACACUGUGGAGUUGUAGAGUCAUAAGAAGUGAUGACAACAGGGAGACGUACACGGUGGCUGGUAGCUCAAAUCACCAUUUCUCUUGUCCAUUGCUCCAUCCCGCACAAAGACUGAAAACUGAGCUACAGUAUUAAUGCAGUGCUUCUGUAGUCCACUCGCUGUGCAUGAACUCCUGCCAGCUUUGGUGCAGUUCCAAGUUUUGUCAUUGUAACCUUAUGGCCUCCUCCAUCAGUUGACAUUUCAGCAACUCAGUAAAGGGAAACUUUUUUCAAAUUAAAUGAAUAUGAAUGGAGGACAAGGACAAUUAAUACCGGUGGAAUGUUUUUAUACUCAAAUGUGGACUGUUCACAGCAACAAAACUGAAAUAACACUGGUGUUAGAACCAUUGCAAGGACAAUGAAAGUCAAUGCUGAAGUGUUGGAAAGUAUUCUCUUCUUGUCAACUAAUCCCUGUACCUGUAUGUUGCUGCUACUCUGUUGGGAUGUGCUGAGCUGAGGUGAAUGUCUCUGGUGGCAGUGGAGUGUGUGUACUGUAUGGGUGUCCGAGUGUGUGUUUGUGUACGGAGGAUGAGCUUAUUUAUUGGCCCCUUAACUAUUUUAAUCAAAUAUAGUGUCCCAAAAAAGGAAUUCCUGUCAAGCUGCUAAAGAGGAAAUACAAUUAAAUGGA